AUGCCUAUCAAUUGGACUGAUCCGCAGGCUGAUGCCAAACUUCUGGUCGGCAUCAUCACCCUGCAUAAUGUCAAGCUCGACUACAAAGCUUUAGCCGAAUACAUGGGUCAAGGUGUGUUAUACGUCUCAACCCGUCAAAGAACACAAGAACUAAGCCAAACUGCAGGCUGCACAUCUAGUGCCAUUCAGCACAGAGUCCAGCGUAUCAAGGAGAAAUUCCGUAAUGAUCCUCCUGCGGAAGGUACUGCUACUGGUACUUCUCCUGGCUCUGCCCCUCAGCCGGACGAAGGCAGUGCUCCCGAUUCGUCUCCCACAAAGCCCAAGAGAGGAAGACCGGCGAAGAGAGGCGCAAAAGGCUCCCCUUCUAAGAAGGCUAAAGCCAGCGUUGAGCAUGAUUCUGCUUAG